AUGUCUGUCGCGCCCAACAAGACGGUGGUGGCUGAGGCCAACAAGCAGUUGCAGGCCAUGCCUCGAACGCAGCUUGGAUGCUUCAUUGACGCUCAAGGCAGAGAGCCGCUGAUUGUAUGCCCAAAAUGUUCGCUCACGUUCAAAAAUCAGAAGGACAGGGAGAAUCAUCAUCGCAAGCAUCAUCAGCAGGAGUCGUGGAUCACCAUUGGUCAAAGGACGUUCCUUCUAAAAAGAGCACUCGAUGACAGAUUCUUUUGUCCAUUUAUCAACUGCAAAAAAAACUAUGCCUGGGGUGAGGGCAUCAGGCGGCAUCUCAAAACGAAGCACGGGCCUGUGAUAAAGGACCCCGCUGCCAAGCUGAACGUUCGUAGCUCUGCUAUAGUGACAUCUGGUCGCAAACGCACCUCGAAAAAGGGCACGCUUGGUGCUGACGUGGUGUUUAGAACGCGGCCAGCCCCCGAACAGGAGUUGCAAGCUUUAACAGUGAAUGGCGUUCAAAUGAACGUGGGUGACCUUGGGAAAGGUCUACGAGCUUUGCGAGCAGAAAUGGACGACACUCUCACCACGGAGCUACUCUUCAACUCGGGGCUGGAGAAGCGGGUUUACGCUGUCUUGCCCUUGCUGCGGGACUCUCAUCAACCCGAACCCCCUCAGUCCUGGGUAGGCCAGGAUUUGAAGGAUAUUGACGGCAAUGACUUUUACACAAUGCUGCUGAAGCACAUCUUGGAAACUCCAAAGCUGGUCAAGGAGUUUACCUCGCCCAAUGCCCCUGGCAAGUUCAGCGUGGAACCAGUGUGGCGCUGGAUCUGCUCCCUGCGAGAGUUCAAUCGCCUGGCAUUGACCUAUGCACACCUGUCAACUGGUCUGUCGGUGCGUGCAGUGGUUUACUCGAGUCUUUUUUAUCGUGACUCUCCUGCCAGCCCCCGGAGUGUGUUCUUUUCUGGAGAUCGCUUGGCGGUUGUGGCGCGACGCGGCAAAACUACACGGAUCAGCAACCGCGAGUGGCAUGCUACGCACUACAUGGACAAGCGGGCCAGUGCGGUCAUGAUGGCGUACCUGCUUUUGUGCAAGCCGCUGGAGGAGCUGUUUAUUGAUUAUUUGCAAGAGCGGGGCGAAUUGAUCACGUCCUCGACAAUAGAUCCCAUCCCUUUGACAGAACAGGAGCAAGAUGAGCUUGAAGCAGACGCGAUGGAGGCCGAAGAUUCGAUCGAGCCCGACAACGUUGGUUCUGUUGACGACCAGCACGAUAAUUUGUUGCGAGCUGCCAAGCGUGUCGAACUGGAGGGCACCUCGAAAAACAGCUUCACCCAGGCCAAGUCUAUCAAACUAUUCAGGCCGUGA